CGACGACGGCCAAAAAUACCUAGAUUCACAAGACGACGGGUGGACGUGCCCGCUUCAGACUCCAACCCUCCCACCACUGCGCCCGCGAGACAUGCCUGCGUCCGACCGCCUGAACGCUGCCAAUACCAAUGGCAAGGCGCUCAGGCCGACCCUCGCAUCCACCCGCACAACCAAAAGCACCCCCCUCACGCCUAAACUCGCCACGGCCUCGCCCAGCUUGACGCCGCAGUCUGCUCGCAGGAGUCAGGCCAGGGACGACUCGGCCACCUCGACGCCGCGCUCGUCGUCGAGGUCGCGAAAGACUCGCUCCAGCAGCACCCUCUCGACUCCGACCGCCACGCCCACGGCUGCCUCCCGUCACGAUGCCUCUUCCGCCGGUCCGACGCUCAGCUCCUCCUUCUCCUCCUCCUCCACCUCCUCGCGACGCCCACGGAGCGUCGUCAGCUCCGUCGAGUCUUCUCGCUCCGCGCCGCGCCUGGCGCCCACAUCCGCGGCCCAUUCGCGGCCCAGCUCCGAGGUGGGCGCCCGCGACAAAGAUGCCCGAUUCUUCCACGCCAGCGAAGUGAGGUCGCCGGGUCCGACCAGCGCGCCAAUGGCCAAGAAGGCCACUUCGGCCUUCUACCAGGCUAGCAAUGCCCGCGAGGGCAGGAAAUCCAGCAACGCCUCCUCAGGGGGCGCUGGCAUGCCGUCCCCGCCGCUGUCCGCCGUUGAGCGCUCUCGCCCACGCUCAGGUAGCCAGUUCUUCCACGCCGACACCAUUCCAGAAGCGCGCCACAAUGCCGCACUACAGUCGCCCCCUAUACUAUCGCCCUCGUCGGACCCCUAUUUCCCCCCACACUCGGCGCCGCCGCCGUCAUCCGGGGGCAAGGAUUCCCCGCUGCAGCCACAAUCGCCCUCCAAGGACAGCAUACACUUGUCAUAUAGGAAGGGGGCUUCGCAGGUAAUACGACCGAACAUGCACGGGCGGCCCCCGUCCUCGUCCAUGUUCUCGCCGGUGGAGAACAGCACCCUGCAACGGAGAAGAUCCAGCAACGAGAGCGGCUCCGCACGCUUCGCACACGGCAAAAACCCCAGCCUUUCGUCGAUAGACUCGGUUACGACAAGCGGACGGCAAACAACGGGGACUGCGGACCAUCCAGGAUCUCCAGCGGGGCCGAGCCCACUACACGUCGACAUUACGUCGCCGUCGACGGUGCAUUCGCCAGGCUCGCGGGUAGCCAGAGCCAACGAAGACGGCGAGGAGAAGGAGCCAGCGGGACUGCAGUCUCCACUUUCGCUGCCUCAGAGUCCCGCACACGACCCACCGCAGAACCCGCUGCAAAAGAUGAAUGAGUUGGCAGCGAAUGCCCGGAGAGAGCGGAAGGUGCUGGACUUGGAGAUCAGCAAUUCGUCAUUGCUGGCGAUCAACCGGCAGCUGGAGCGCGAAGUGCGGAAGCAAAAGGCGGAGUUGAAGCGGUUCCGGCGGCUAAGCAGGGCCGGGCGCCUUGCAUCAGGCGCCGGUGCCGGCCGCUCAUCAUUACUGUCGUCGGUCACAGAAGGUGAAACGGCCGAUUUCGAGGACGACAAUGACGAUCUCGAAGGCGGGGAUGAAGGCGGGGACGAAAGAGAAGACGAUGGAGAAGGACUACACGACGACGAGCAUGACGACCACGAGGAACUAUCCAGCGACGAGUCUUCGAUUGAUGAGGGGACUCUUAGCCCUAGCGCGCUCGCCGAGCGGGACGCCAAAUACCGGCUGCAGGAUCAGAAGCGGCUGCAGCUGGACCUGUCGAAGCACCGCGAGCUGCUGGGAGACAGCCAGAAGCUGAACCACAGCCUGAAGCGAUGCAUCGGGUGGACGGAGGACCUGAUCAAGGAAGGACGGAAGGCGUUGGACUACCAGGUGCGCGCGAGCGACGUGCGGCUGGGCGGGCGGAUCCUUACGCGCGAAGAAGAAGAGAUGGACGACUCGUCGGAGGAGGAAGAAGGGCCGCACGGAGGCUCGUUGCUGAGCGCGUGGACGCCGCCAGACGGAGCGAUGCGCAAGUCGGUGGAGUCGGAGCGGCUGACGGACCGGGACAGCGGUAUUGAGCUGGAGGGCCCGGCCAAGUCCAAGCAAGACGUGGUGAUGCCGGCCAAGGCGCAACAGCUGGGCCAGUCGUUCUGACUCCUUUACCUUCUCACAAUCGC